GCGUUUUCCGGCGGGAGGAGGCGGCGGCGGGCGCCGUUCGGGCGCCGCCAGGGCAGAAGAUGCUGGUGUGCCUCUGGGGGUUCCUAUACAGCCACUACUUUCGGUUCUGGCUGAAGUGGGUCCUGCGGCUGCUGACAGGGAAGUGCGAGCUGCAGCGCCUCUUUGACAGCUCCAAGACCGGUGCCCGGCGGACGCUGUGCGUAGAACAUUCACUGGAAUCAUCAAAAAAUAAGGUUUUAAGAAAUGCUGUACAUGUUGAGGAAGCUGAAGUGGAAAAGUCUGUCAGAGAUGUAAUGAAAGAAAAGAAAAUUGAACAGAAGGAUACAGGGUUUAAGACAAAUCUGCAUAUAUCGUUACUGCAGAUAUCAGGUUAUAAAAAACUUUAUUUGAAUGUGGAAAAUCUGAGGAAGGUCCCAUAUGAUUCAGAUAACGAAGAACACGAAGAACAGUUAAUUGAGCUUUGGAAUUUGCUGAUGCCUCAUGAGAAUCUGAAGGCCAGGAUCACCAAGCAGUGGUGUGACAUUGGCUUCCAAGGCGAUGAUCCCAAAACAGACUUCAGAGGAAUGGGCCUGCUGGGGCUGGUCAAUCUGGUGUAUUUUAGUAAGCAUUACACCGACGAAGCUCGUCAGAUCCUUUCUCGUUCAAAUCACCCAAAGCUGGGAUAUUCUUAUGCAAUAGUUGGAAUCAAUCUGACAGAAAUGGCAUACAGCUUACUUAAGAACGGUGCUUUAAAGUCUCACCUUUACAACAUGGUCUGUGGAUUGCCACAGAUGGAGCACUUUCAUCAGUUUUACUGUUAUCUGGUUUAUGAGUUUGACAGAUUCUGGUUUGAAGAAGAACCAGAAAGCAUUAUGCACUUCAACCAGUACAGAGAGAAAUUCCAUGAAAAGAUUAAGGGACUUCUGCUGGAUUGUGAUGUUAUACUAACCUUACAAAACACAAAGAAACCUUAAUUCCUCUGCAGUCUAUGAGGUUCUGCAUAAAAAAAUGGAAUUAUGCAUUUGGAUGGAAGUUUUGCAUGAUUCACCAAAAGCGGUUUAACAAUGGAACUUUUUAUUUUAUUUUUUAUUUUUUUUUAAAUCAAAAUUCAGUUAAGAAAGCUUGGACAAUCAACCUCUGUUUACAGGUCUUUAUAUGCUAUUCUCCAAAGGACAGCUUUUUUUUUUUUUUAAAAAAAAACCCAAACCUAACAAAAAAUAACCAACAAACCGACACAAAACCCAACCCAUCAAUCUCAAGAGCCUCUGGAUCACUUCCUUUCACAAUUUCUUGUCUUUUACUUAGUGCAGGAACAUGAAGCAGGUACUUAUGCUGCAUCAUGUUUUCCAUGAAUAGGUUUGACUGAUAACUGUUUUUUAAAAACUUAAUUUAAUUGAAAUUACUCUGCUUUUAGACUUUUUGUGUUCUUGUUCUGUACACACAAGUCAAUCGUUCACUCAUCAAUGUUAAAUUUCUCUGUAAUGAAGAGAUCUACGAAGGGGAGGUAGCGGUCACUUAUGGUGUUAUGGAAGAGGCUUAAUCCAUCAACAUAGUGAUUUACUUGCUAGAAAUUACAUCUGGCUAAGGAAUUUUUUUUUUUUUAUCUGUGGAUUUGUAUCAGAAAAUUCCUAUGUUUGGAAAAAAACUUAUUUUGCAAACAAGCAAAAAGAACCAUAAGUCAUCAGUGUGAGGAUCAGAUCCUCAAGACUAAAGCUACUCCUUCUAAAAAUAUUCCUACUGUAGAAAAUCCUCAGUUCUUUCUAAUCUGACUUCAGCUACUCCGGCUGCUUGACUUUGGAUCUGUGGUCAGCGCCUUCUUUUAGCAGCUGGUGGGGUAUUCUCACUGGAAAGUAAAAGAGAGUUAGCCCUUUUAUAAAGUUUACUCAUUAAAAACAUUUAUUGCAGCUACAGUCCUUACAUUGUGAAAAUAAAUUGACCGCUGAGUUCCGUAUUUUCCAUGGAAAGGAUGCAGCUGCAGUGUGUUCCUUAAUCUUGGCAUCCUCAGACAAUCUAGUCAAUAGGACUUCAUAUCUAUGUUGUGACUAAUUAUUGCUUAAAGCAACUUUGAACAGAUUUGGUAUGACCAUUUCAUUUUCUAAAACCUACUAAGUGCCUUCUGCUUUAUUCAAUCAGUGUUUCAUUUUGGUUCUAUAACCAGAUCUCAGCCUUAGAAGCUUGAGUUAUUUGGGAAAGACCCUUUCAGCAUAUACCUAAACAGCACACGGUGGCACAAAACUUGUAGAAUUUUGAAGCUUUCAUGCCUUUUUUUUUUUUUUUAAAUCAUCUCAGGUAAAUUAGUUACCAUCUAGUCAAUGACUACUCAUGAAGAGGUUCAAGGUGAAUGCAAAUAUUGAAUGCAAGAAGAAAAAAGACAAACCUGUUUCUGUAAUGAGUGAUGUUACACUACAUGAAUAUCAGAUGUAUUAUUAUUAUUAUAUAUGAUACUGCAUCUCGUGGGAGAUAAAACCCAUCUGGACGUGGUGGUAAGCAGCCUGCUUUAGGUGAUCUUGGCACCUGCUUUGGGCAGGGGGGGUUGGACUUGGUGAUAUCUAGAGGUGCCUUCCAACUUCAGUAAUUCCAUGAGUCUGAGGUGUCUAACUAGUGAUUUCUUGCACUGCAUCCACCCAGUUGCUUUUGAUCCCUUAAAUGCUGGUAAUCUCUUAUUUGUGGGAAAGCUGCCGAUCAGGGUAGCCAGUAUUUAUGUAGGAGGUAAUGCAGUUCUGUUUGCUUUUUAUGAUACCGUAGGUAUAGGCGAGAUUUAAAACAGUUGUUAAGUUUAACAUGUUCAGGGUGGAGAAAGGUUCAUCAUAUCUGUGUUGGGUUGAUGCUAUUUUACAAAAAAAAGUAACGUGAAGAUGCUUGUAGAGAGAGUAUUUAUGGUUAUGCUAUGGCUCGUAAGCUAGAAGGUCCAGAGGGUCCUAGAGGGGUCCUAUAAGGCCUUAAAUGGGGCCCAGGGCGCUCUAGAACAUUAUGCCAUGGCUUGUAAGCUGAAACGCUAAACUGACAAGAUUAGGUACAAAACUGACCCCAGGAAGACUGGUUCUUUUGGUACUCCCAGGCACUUGGUUCUCCAGUUCUCACUGCUGAAAAAGCUGAGAUCCUAUGGAGAGUGUUCUGGGACUCAGGUCCUGUGGUAGAACUCUGUUUCUUUGACCCUUGUAGGUACUGGACAUUCCUAAAAUCUGAGGGGGGGAAGUGGAAAGUGGACUCUUUCCCAGUGGAGAGGUUAGCUGUCUGUUACUUUCUAGCCCCAGCUUGUGUCGUAUUUGUCUUCCUUCAUUAAUAACUUCUGCCACUGCUUGUCCAUCUCCUUUGCAAGCAACACGAGACUGACUUCUGAAUUUCAGAAGUGACCCCUGUAUGUUUAGCAGCAGCAGGAAAGAGGAUCCCAUUCUUUAAUUUUCUGCUUGCUAGCAAGUAAUAAAUUGCUCUGGCCAUCUUUCUAAAACACUCCCCUCUGCUACAGUCUGCAACUUCUCUCUUUGGCAGCAGGUGCAUAAAUCACCUACACCCUCAUCUUUCCAGCCUUGAAACUUUCACUUAAUCCCUUUGUUCACAAGGGGACUGACAUUUACUGCUGAGGCUUUUAAAGCCCAACCAGCAAGUUGCAGAUUUCCUAUCACACACCUAAAGCCGUGUAGACCGAGUCUGGCAUGAGGUGCAUCUUCAUUGGUAGGAGCUGAGGGUAAACUGUGGCAGCGUACAAGGAAAAAGCAAACCCAGCCAUCAUCAGGUGAGCGAGAUACAUGGGAAUGCAUUAGUUUGCAUGUAGUAAUUAAGGUGAGUGUUUAUGUUGGGGUCCAAUACACCUCCCCAGUGAACAGUUAGAAUUUGCAUGUAUUUUUGUACAAUCAAGUAGCCCAAUCCUUCUGUCUGGGAGUCACUCACUAGGUGUAGACAGGUACUGGAUGUCCCCAUUUUGCACCAGUGGUAGCUAAGUGUAUUGUGGUGGUAGCUAGAAAAUACAUGGGAAAAGGUAAAAUUGUGUUUAGAGGAGAGCAAUGUUUUACUGGUCAGCGGUAUUGUACGCCUACAGUCUGUUGUAGGAUGACAAUCCUAAGGUUAUGGAAGAUUUAAAAUGGAGGCAGGUCAACUUUCUGCAAGGUGAUAGAAUCAAUUUGUUUAACAUCACAAAUUGUUGCUUGUGGUUUAUUCCAGGAGUCUUAAAACCUUGGUAAAUUCUCAUGUUAUUUAUUAACUCAUGUUUUAAAGUAUGUAUUAUCUUACUAGAUUUUUGUAGGUACUGUUAGUUUUCUAACUUGCUGCCUCUUUAAGCUUUCACAUAGUGAAUGCUUUAUAUGCAAUGGUAAUUUUAGGAUAAAAACUAAAACGGAAGACAAAAAGGUGGUUCUCUCAGUGUGUUGUUCCUGUAGCAACUGUUUAACAAACUACCUCCACUGUUGUUUAGUGUACGCUGAAAAUGUCGUGCCACUCCAGGAACAAAUUAAUAUGCAGAUAAGUAAGUUUACCACAAGGAAAAGUAAGAUCUAGACUUUCAGUAAGUAAACACAUUGCUUCAUAAGUAACCAACUUGAUCAGAAAGUGAUUUGAAGAUGGUGCUACUUAGGAAGAACAAAACCAAGGAUGUUUUGAAACUGGUUGUGCUUCUGUCAGCUGAUAUAGCAUGUAAAUAAUAGGAUGUUUUGACCUAAAAGACAAUAGGAAAAGGGGCCAAAUUAAGCACCUCAGAUAAAUAGUUUUGGAUUUUCUCUCUUUGAAAAACAAACAAAACGCAGACCAAAAAUUAAACCUACACAAAGCCCCGAUGGUUCAUUUUCCAGAUUUUCCAUCCUUGUUUAAACAACAAACAUUUUAUAAAAAAUAUUUGUUAGCCUUGUUUUAAGAAUUGUGAUGAAAACGUUUGUGUUUAGUUAGGUGGGAGUUCAGCGGUCAGUAUUGAAAAUACUGGUAGUGAACACAUGGUAAAGAUGUAACCUGUUUCUUUCCGUCAUUUUUGUUUUGUGUUGCUGUAGUACAAUGGUGAUCUAUCUGUGCGCUGAUGGUUCUGGUGUCAGUCUGGAUCUUGUCUUUCUCUAGGGAGGGGGGGGAAAAAAACCCACAGCCAAAGACAGCUUGUGGGCAGUUUCUUCCUAUCACACUGUGCUUAGAUAGCUGCAUACUAAUAGACAUUUCUGUUUACCACAGUAUAAAAGCAAUAAUGUAAACUGUGAUGUCCGUCUGUGUUAGAAAGAGAUGUUUACAGUGGUAGCAAAUAAAGAACGAGUUAUUCCAAAACACUGCUGUCAACAUUG